GAAAAUAUUGCGCUCAUCGCCCCGCACGUGUUUGUUUAAUAACAACAACAAAUAUUUCAUGCUUAUAUAAAAUAUGGUUCGUAAAAAGAUUGAUAACCGUAUUCGUAUUCUGAUUGAAAAUUGUGUCUCUUCACAUCAUCGUUCUCUGUUUGUGGUUGUAGGAGAAAAAGCAAGAGACAAUGUUGUCAUUUUGCAUGAAAUGCUGUCUAAAGCAGAAGUCAAGGCAAGACCAACUGUACUAUGGUGUUAUAAGAAAGAUCUAGGUUUCUCCACAAAUAAGAAGAAAAGGAAGAGAAUGAAGAAAGCUCAAACUAUUCAAGGCAAACAGCAAUUUGACGAAGAAGAUGCAUUGGAAUAUUUUAUUGCAUCCACAAAUAUUAGAUACUGUUAUUAUAGCGAAACACAUUCAAUUUUGGGACAAACAUUUGGAAUGGCUAUAUUACAAGAUUUUGAAGCACUGACUCCCAACUUAUUGGCUCGUACAGUUGAAACAGUUGAAGGUGGAGGAAUGGUAGUCAUUUUGCUGCAAACUCUUACCUCUUAAAGCAGUUGUACACUAUUGACCAUGGAUGUGCAUGCUCGUUACAGAACUGAGUCUCACCAGACAAUUAUUUGCAGAUUUAAUGAGCGAUUCAUUUUAUCACUACCCCUACCAUGCUGGCUUGAUUGCCUUGUUGUAGAUGACAAACUUAAUAUAUUGCCAAUAUCAUCAAAUGCUCUCAAUAUAAAGCCACUACCCCCAAAGAGUCUGGACAGCAAAAAAUCACCAGAAGAAGAGGAACUGAUUGAAUUAAAAUCGUCAUUAAGUAUCCAGCCAACUGAUGUUUUGAUCAAGUUAUGUAAAACACUUGAUCAAGCAAAGGCUGUGAUGAAGUUUUUUGAGUCAUUGGCAGAAAAAACUCUUCGUAGUACAGUUACUUUAACCUCUGCCAGAGGUCGUGGAAAAUCGGCAGCAUUGGGUUUAGCUAUGGCUGCAGCUAUUGCUCACAACUACACAAACAUACUUGUAACUUCCCCACAUCCUGAUAAUUUAAAAACUCUUUUCAAAUUUUUGUUAGAAGGUUUUAAAUGCCCCUUGGUUAUGAGGUAUGUUAAAACUACAGAUUAUGAGGAGGUAAGGUCACUCAACCCAGAAUUCAACAAAGCAAUUGUGCAAGUUAAUGUUGUCAGAAAACAUCGUCAGACUGUAAAAUACAUUUACCCGUCAGCAAAUCUAAAAGUUGGCCUUGUUGAGCUUGUAGUUAUUGAUGAAGCUGCAGCUAUUCCUUUACCGUUUGUAAAAAGUUUGCUUGGUCCAUACUUGGUCUUUAUGGCUUCCACAAUAAAUGGGUAUGAAGGAACUGGCAGAUCUUUGUCUUUGAAAUUAAUCUCUCAACUCCGUGAACAAUCUGUAAAUAAUCCUAACCGUUCAAGUGAAAAACCAAGACCUCAAGUUGGGCGUGUUCUGCAUGAAAUUACUCUGAGUGAAUCUAUUCGUUACUCUAGUGGUGAUAAAGUGGAAGGAUGGUUGAAUCAGUUGCUGUGUUUGGAUGUGUCUGUUCCUCCUGUUGUUUUACCUUCAUCUCCUAAUCCAGAUGACUGCAAGUUAUAUUAUGUCAGCAAAGAUACACUUUUUAGUUUCAAUAAAUUUGCUGAAAAAUUUCUCCGAAAACUGGUGUCCAUUUUUGUAGCUUCUCAUUAUAAAAAUAGUCCAAAUGAUUUACUAAUCAUGUCAGAUGCUCCAGCACAUCACAUAUUUUGCCUGUGUGCUCCAUCAGGAAAAAAACUCCCAGAAAUUUUGUGUGUUUUACAGGUUUGCUUGGAAGGUAAAUUAUCUGAGAAUACAGUUAAGAGAGAAUUGAGUCAUGGACGAAGGGGUGCCGGAGAUUUAAUACCAUGGACUAUCUCUCAAGAGUUUUCUGAGCAAGACUUUCCUUCUCUGUCUGGAGCUCGAAUUGUAAGGAUUGCAACUCAUCCAGAUUACCAGAGGAAAGGUUAUGGUUUUAAAGCUUUAAGCCUUUUGCAAGAUUUUUAUGAAGGAAAAUUUGUUACGGAUAGGAGCAUGCCUUUAGAUAUGUCAUCAUAUCUUGUUAAAAAUGAUUUGGAAACUGACGAAAGUUUGUUGGAAGAGACAUUGACGCCUCGAACAUCUUUGCCACCGUUACUUUUUGAAUUAACUCAAAUAAGUCCAGAUAUUUUGGACUAUCUGGGUGUAUCAUAUGGAUUAUCUAACGAUCUUUUAAGGUUCUGGAAAAAAGCUGGAUUUUUGCCUGUUUAUCUUGCUCAUACCCCUAAUCAAGUCACAGGAGAACAUUCAUGUAUCAUGUUGAAACAACUAAAAGGGCUUUCGACUACCUCAAGUUGGUUGCCUUUCUUUUGGUAUGAUUUUUGCCAGAGAACAGUAUUAUCUGUUGCAAUUUUUAAAUUAAAUUGUCAGCUUUUAUUGGAUCUUAUUUCAAGUGAUAUGGAUAUAAAAAAUGAAAACAAAGAAUUAUCAGAAAAAGAAGUUAUCUGUUACCUGGAUGCAAAGGAUUUGGAAGUUUUAAAGACAUUUUGCCAUAGUGAAAAUAAUUUCCUACCUAAUUAUAUUGCAUUUACAUUGUCACAGUUCUAUUUUAUGCAUCGGAUUCCUGAUUGCCAGCUAUCCUUGCAAGAACAAAUGGCUAUGUUUUCCAUUGGAUUGUUGAACAAGUCAUUUCAUGAUGCUAGUCAAAAUUUGAACGUGACUGUAAAUCAAGUUUCUGAAAUUUUUAAAUGUGGAUUGAAAAAAGUUGCUGGAACUGUUUUUAACGUUAUUCAACACUCGAAUCUAAAUUAAUAUUGACUCAUGUAAAGUGAGAGAUUUGUAAAUAAAAAUAUUUUUUCAUCAA